CUAACCGCGAACACCCCCAUUUGGUAGCCGGGUUGGAUUUUUCCAAUUAGGCUGAAAAAGCCGCAGGAGGCCGCGUUCCGGAUCCUAGUGCCGGGUGGAGCCUCAAGCGUUUCCCGCGGAAAGAGUUUUAUGUGUGGCAAAGAGCGAUUAAUUUAUUCAACUAUUUUUAAACUGUUUUAGAAAUGGAGAUUCAGAAGCAAAAGAACGGAUGUCAGAUGUCAAAUGCAUUGAAACUGUCGAAUGGAUUCAUUUUACCCGAAGGCAAAAUGACGCCGAACACGCUCUUCGUCGGUGGCUUCGACAUGAAGGUGGAUGAGAACGAAAUCAAGGACUUCUUUGCUACGUACGGCCUGGUUAAGGAGGUGAAGAUUAUCACAUACCGCGGGGGGAUAUGCAAAGGAUAUGGAUUUGUGUCUUUCAAUGAAGAUGUGGACAUUCAGACAAUCAUUGAACAACAGCUGAGUUUUAAAGGGAGGAAACUGAAGCUCGGUCCAGCCAUUAUGAAGGAGCGCAGCGCACGCUCGAUCCAGUCCCAGCUGGUAGGCCCCGCCCCCUGGGUGGGCCCAACCCAGUACAUGUACUGCAGCUGCUGCCCCCCACCAGCAGGGGGUUCCCCCCCAUCCUCCACCCUGCUGAAUGGAGGUGUGCAGUACAUACAGCCUUACUCCUACUCCAGCAUCCCCAGUGUCUUCAUCCCGCAGAUGCCCAUGAGCUACUCACAGGCUGCCUACACCUACCAGUACGCUUCCCCUCACUGGUCAGGAGAACAGAGGACACGGCUCGUCAAUCAGAACUUUGUGGACUGUGGGGUGCAGACGCUGCUCACUCUCCUGUAGCUGCCUGGUGGUGUUAAGCAGCAGCGGCUCGAGAGCACACGUCCU